AUGCUGCCGCUGCUGCUGGCGGCGCUCGGAGCGCCCGGGGCGGCCGGGGCCGCCCUGGCCGAGCUCGGGGCCGGCCUGGCCCAGGCCCUGCGGGGGGACCCGCGGUGGCAGCGGAGGCUGCGGGAGAGGGAGCGGGUGUGCCGGGAACUGCCACAGAUCGUGGGGACACUGCCCAGAGCUCCCCCGCAGCUGCGCAUCGUCCCCGAGCGCUCGGGCGCCGCGCUGACGCUGGCGUGUCACGCCUGGGGCUUCUCCCCGCCCGACAUCACCCUGAGGUGGCUCCGCAACGGCGCCGUGGUCGAGGAGCCGCGGGGGCCGCCCCGGGCGCUGCCGCUGGGCGACGGAACCUUCCGGGCCCAGGUGAACGUCGAGGUGACGCCGGGGACGGCCGGGGACACCUUCGAGUGCUGGGCGCUGCACCCCAGCCUGGAGGAGCCCGUCAGCGUCACGUGGGCUCCGGGAUUGUCCCCAAAAUUGUCCCUCCUGGUGGCCCUGGCGGUUCUGGCGCUGCUCCUGGGGCUCCUCCUCUUCAUCUUCGGCCUCAGCCGCUACCUGAGCACAGGUUACACCCCUCUCCCCGGUGACACCCACGCAGGCAACAUCUGAGGACUCUCCCAGGACGAGGCCUGAAAAAUCCCCAAAAAAAUCCCAAAAAUCCGCCCCAAAAAAACCCAAAAAUC